GGCUGGUCCGUGGGGCGGGGUGAGAGAUGCCGGAAUCUCGCGAGAGCUCCCGGAGGCCGUUGGGUAGCGUCUUCGCUGUUGCCCUUAGGGACGGCUGUGGGCCUGCUGGGGGUGGGGGCCCGGAGCGCCAGAGAUGGCUGCUCAGCGAGGGAUGCCCAGCUCCGCCGUGAGGGUCCUGGAAGAGGCGUUGGGCAUGGGUUUGACGGCAGCCGGGGACGCGAGGGACACGGCGGACGCGGUGGCGGCUGAGGGCGCCUACUACCUGGAACAGGUCACCAUAACUGAAGCAUCUGAAGAUGACUAUGAAUAUGAAGAGAUACCAGAUGACAAUUUUAGCAUCCCAGAAGGUGAAGAAGAUCUGGCAAAAGCAAUUCAGAUGGCCCAAGAACAGGCUACAGAUACUGAAAUUUUGGAACAGAAGACAGUUCUUCCUUCAAAGCAUGCAGUACCUGAAGUAAUAGAAGACUUUCUCUGCAAUUUCUUGAUCAAAAUGGGAAUGACCAGAACUCUUGAUUGCUUUCAGUCUGAAUGGUAUGAGUUAAUACAGAAAGGAGUGACUGAACUUAGAACUGUUGAGAAUGUUCCAGAUGUCUACACCCAGAUUAUGCUUUUGGAAAAUGAGAACAAAAAUUUAAAGAAAGAUUUGAAGCACUACAAACAAGCAGCUGACAAAGCUAGAGAAGAUUUGCUGAAAAUUCAGAAACAACGUGAUUUUCAUCGAAUGCAUCACAAGCGAAUAGUCCAGGAAAAAAACAAAUUAAUUAAUGACCUCAAAGGGUUGAAGUUACAUUAUGCGUCUUAUGAACCGACUAUAAGGGUGUUACAUGAGAAACACCACACUUUACUGAAGGAGAAAAUGCUGACCUCCUUGGAAAGAGACAAAGUAGUUGGGCAGAUUUCUGGACUUCAGGAAACAUUGAAGAAACUGCAAAGAGGACAUAGUUACCAUGCUCCUCAAAUUAAAGUUGAUCAUAGUCGUGAAAAAGAAAAUGCACCAGAAGGUCCUACUCAGAAAGGUCUUCGUGAAGCCAGGGAACAAAACAAAUGUAAAACAAAGAUGAAAGGCAAUACAAAGGAUUCAGAAUUUCCCAUAGAUAUGCAACCAAAUCCAAACCUGAAUGUUUCUAAAGAAAGUCUUUCUCCAGCAAAAUUUGACUACAAGCUGAAAAACAUUUUUAGACUCCAUGAACUUCCAGUGAGCUGUGUCUCCAUGCACCCCCACAAAGACAUCCUAGUCUCCUGUGGCGAGGACCGACUCUGGAAGGUGUUGGGCCUUCCAAAAUGCAAUGUGCUUCUCACGGGAUUUGGCCACACUGACUGGCUUUCAGACUGCUGCUUCCAUCCCAGUGGCAACAAAUUGGCUACUUCAAGUGGUGACACUACAGUUAAAUUAUGGGAUCUAUGUAAAGGCGAUUGCAUUUUGACCUUUGAAGGACACAGCCGCGCAGUAUGGUCCUGCACGUGGCACUCCUGCGGCAAUUUUGUGGCUUCCUCCUCACUGGAUAAAACUAGCAAAAUCUGGGAUGUUAAUAGUGAAAGAUGCAGAUGUACUUUGUAUGGACAUACAGAUUCUGUGAACAGCAUUGAGUUUUUUCCUUUCUCCAAUACUCUUCUCACAAGCUCUGCAGACAAGACCCUGUCUAUAUGGGAUGCAAGAACAGGUAUAUGUGAGCAGUCACUUUAUGGUCACAUGCAUUCUAUCAAUGAUGCCAUUUUUGACCCCAGGGGUCACAUGAUAGCAUCCUGUGAUGCCUGUGGGGUUACAAAGCUGUGGGACUUUCGGAAGCUGUUACCUAUUGUGUCCAUCGAUAUAGGUCCAAGUCCUGGCAAUGAGGUGAAUUUUGAUUCAUCAGAAAAUACCACGUAUCUUUAUAGACUAGGAGCUCAGAUAUAUUAUUUCCAGCUUUCUUGAUGUUACCUCAAAUUGAAGUUGCCAAUGUCCCUUUGACAAGGAUGGAGCACUGUCAGAGCUGCACUGGAGCUGGAGACAGGGAUAGAGGACACUCAGGAUGACAGCCCCCACCCAGAAUCCUGGAGAGGAAAGUUGCUAUUGUUGAAAACAUAAUGGAUCUGGUUGUUAUUAAAGUACCUGAAGUCAGCUGCAUAAAUUGGGAAGCAUAUGCACGCUUCUGCUUCACUGUGGCAAUUUAAAACAAUAUAAAUUUCAUAAAAUUCUCAUUGAAAAAAAAAUGACCAAGAAAAGCCCUAAAAAUAGUAGGAAAUGUUACCCAUCAUUACAUCCUCCACCAUCAAGGCCAAGUAGUCAAUACCCACGCCAGAUAAGCACUGUGUGCCUAUGUGAGGUGGUCAUUAAAGAAUGAUGAGGAAAGGACCACAGAAAUCAACUGGUGUCUUCCCAAAGUCCUGGGGUCGCUGAGGAACACACAUGGGGCUCAUAAUGUCCAUGUCCUUCCCUUAUACUUCAAUGCUCUUUCCACCUUGCCCUGGUGGAAAGUCUUGUCCAUAUCACCUCUAAUCCAGCAUUCUCAAAGCAGCACAAAACUGUCUUCAGAAGACUGAAUGUUUCUACAUUCCUUCAUAUUAAUUCCAGGAAAAGAAUUCCAAAGUCAAAUAAUUCAAAUGCUAAGUGUAUUUUUUAAAAUUGUUUUUAGGCACUUUCUCUUAGGAAUGUAAACUCUUUGAGGAAAGGGUCUAUGCCCUUUCAUCAUUGUGUUCAUCAGGCUUUAUCAUUGUCUAGCAUAUGGUGGAUGGAUAAACAACCAUCUCCGUAAAGAUAUCUGAUUUCUAUUCCAACUACACAAGCUCCUUUUCUAGUAUACACAGCCACCAAAAUAAUGCUUAAAACAUGUGUCUCAGAAUGAAAAUCAAGAUAGAAGUCUUAAAGAAAGAUGUUUUCCUUGUUUGUUCUUCUAUAAAUAAAGAUUCAUAAAAUUUAGCUAUACAAUCUACUUCAGAUAAUGGCUUCUAGAUGCUAUUUAGAAAUUGGCCCAUUAUGCAAGAUAAAAAUCUUCUAAGAUUAUAAUGCAAAUCAGUCAUCAUAAAAAAAAUAAUGAUCUAGAAUUUAUAGAAAUUCUACUAAGCAUUUAUUUUAUGUGAAAGAAAAAUACAUCCACAGUACAUACAUAAUUAAAUGUAAAUGUAUGCUGAAAAAGUUCAUAAUCAUGAAAAAUACAUAUCUUGAUGGACUACUUUUAUUUGGCAACCUUUCCCUUCCAAUAUCUGUCAUAAUAUUAGAGUAGAUUAGAAAUUAUAUCUACAGUCUCAACUCAUUUUAUGAAAUAUGAGUAACGGUAGGUAUAGAUAAUUUAUUUUCCCUCAGCUGUACAUAAAGAUGGAUAAUUACAUCUUUCUAAAAAAAUGAAGCUGACCAGGCGCGGUGGCUCACGCCUGUAAUCCUAGCACUUUGGGAGGCCGAGGUGAGUGGAUUGCUUGAGCUCAGGAGUUCAAAACCAGCAUGGGCAACACAGUGAAACUCUGUCUCUACUAAAAAUACAAAAAAAAUUUAGCCGGGUGUGGCGAUGUGCGACUGUAGUUCCCAGUUAUUCGGAAAGCUGAGGCAGGAGAAUUGCUUGAACCUGAGAGGCGGAGCUUGCAGUGAGCCGAGAUCACGCCACUGCACUCCAGCCUGGGCGACAGGGCAAGACUCCGUUGCCAAAAAAAAAAAAAAAAAAAAAAAAAGAAGAAGCCAUUAGGUCUCUUCUAACCUUUACCUUUGCAGACUUUAAUGUUGUCAGCUAGUCCAACAUCAUUAUGCACUAUUAUUUGAAGGUGCUCAACCAUUUUCCCAGCAUCUUUUGUGUUGUCAUAACCCUUACAUGCAGUAUCAGUAAAUAUGGCUUUAUUGUUUGACAACAUGAAUUCCUUAGUGACGUUUUCAAAAGAAUAAGAGUUUUUAACCAUUUAGUUAAAUAGAAAUAAAUUGAUGAUGGGAAAUGUCUGCAUUCUAUGUUUAAUUUUUCUAUCAAUCUAAAACUGCUCUAAGAAAUAGAAUUCAUUAACUAAAGUAAUGUUGUAGGAAAAGUUUAAAAUAAUUUACUGUUUACUUAAACUGCAAUAGCAAAGGCAGGAGAAUAACUUAACAACCUUACAGUUAAUUAUUUUACAGGAUAUGUUACCUGCCUUUCAUCUUCCCUGAGUAUAAGACAAGGAAGCAGACUUAAACUCUCAUGAGAGAAAUGUAAGUUGUAU